GUCCGGGCAGCCCCACCUCCACAUUUUGGAAGGAUGUCAGUGCAGGACAACAUGCAACCCAUGUGUCUUUGGUCAUGGAUCUCUAAGUCCCAAAGGGAUUUAGCAAAGUCCAUCUUGAUUGGGGCUCCAGGAGGACCAGCGGGGUACCUGCGGCGGGCUAGUGUGGCCCAGCUGACCCAGGAGCUGGGCACUUCCUUCCUCCAGCAGCAGCAGCUGCCAGCUGCUAUGGCAGACACCUUCCUGGAACACCUCUGCUUGCUGGACAUCGACUCCGAGCCUGUGGCCGCUCGUAGUACCAGCAUCAUUGCCACCAUUGGGCCGGCAUCUCGCUCCGUGGAGCGCCUCAAGGAGAUGAUCAGGGCCGGGAUGAACAUUGCCAGACUCAACUUCUCCCACGGCUCCCAUGAGUACCAUGCUGAAUCCAUCGCCAACGUCCGGGAGGCGGUGGAGAGCUUUGCAACUUCCCCGCUCAGCUACCGACCCGUGGCCAUCGCUCUGGACACCAAGGGACCGGAGAUACGCACUGGGAUCCUGCAGGGGGGCCCUGAGUCGGAAGUGGAGCUAGUGAAGGGCUCCCAGGUGCUAGUGACUGUGGACCCUGCGUUCCGGACGCGGGGGGACGCGAACACCGUGUGGGUGGACUACGCCAAUAUUGUCCAGGUCGUGCCGGUGGGGGGCCGCAUCUACAUUGACGACGGGCUCAUCUCCCUAGAGGUCACGAAAAUUGGUCCAGAGGGGCUGGAGACCCACGUGGAGAACGGCGGUGUCCUGGGCAGCCGGAAGGGCGUGAACUUGCCGGGGGCCCAGGUGGACCUGCCCGGACUGUCCGAGCAAGAUGUCCAGGACCUGCGCUUUGGGGUGGAGCAUGGCGUGGACAUCGUCUUUGCCUCCUUUGUGAGGAGAGCCAGCGACGUUGCUGCCGUCCGGGCUGCUCUGGGGCUGGAAGGACAGGGCAUCAAGAUCAUUAGCAAAAUCGAGAACCACGAAGGCGUGAAGAAGUUUGAUGAAAUCCUGGAGGUGAGCGACGGCAUUAUGGUGGCACGGGGUGACCUGGGCAUUGAGAUCCCAGCCGAGAAGGUUUUCCUGGCUCAGAAGAUGAUGAUUGGCCGUUGCAACUUGGCGGGAAAGCCCGUUGUCUGUGCUACACAGAUGCUGGAGAGCAUGAUCAGUAAGCCCCGGCCAACCCGGGCAGAGACGAGUGAUGUGGCCAACGCUGUGCUGGAUGGGGCGGACUGCAUCAUGCUGUCGGGGGAGACUGCCAAAGGCAACUUUCCUGUGGAGGCUGUAAAGAUGCAGCAUGCGAUUGCCCGGGAGGCAGAGGCUGCCGUGUACCACCGGCAGCUCUUUGAGGAGCUGCGCCGGGCGGCACCACUGAGCCGGGAUCCCACCGAGGUCACCGCUAUUGGCGCUGUGGAGGCUGCCUUCAAGUGCUGUGCUGCUGCCAUCAUCGUGCUGACCACAACUGGACGCUCAGCCCAGCUUCUGUCUCGGUACCGACCUCGGGCAGCAGUCAUUGCUGUCACCCGCUCUGCCCAGGCUGCCCGCCAGGCCCACCUGUGCCGAGGAGUCUUCCCUGUGCUCUACCGUGAACCUCCAGAGGCCAUCUGGGCAGACGACGUGGAUCGCCGAGUCCAAUUUGGCAUUGAAAGUGGAAAGCUCCGUGGCUUCCUCCGUUUUGGGGACCUGGUGAUUGUGGUGACAGGCUGGCGACCGGGCUCCGGCUAUACCAACAUUAUGCGGGUGCUGAGCGUAACCUGA